UCAAAGUAAUGUGCUAGUCUGCGAGCAACAAUCAACAAUACUUUGCUGCCCAACAGGCGCUCGAGGACCGAGGUAAAGGGAAACCAAACACCGGUGAAUUCCCUUGAAGAUUUGACAAAGGAUUAGCUAGCUACAAGAGAUAGUAUGGACAAAGAGGAGCAGUUUGUCAACAUCGACCUAAAUGACGACAACAUCUGCAGUGUCUGCAAGCUAGAGACUGACACAGGGACCAUGUCCUUCUGCCACGUCUGCUUUGAGCUCAGCAUCGAAGGUGUGUCUCAUGCCACCCUCCUGCACACCAAAUCCCUACGGGGCCACCGGGAGUGUUUUGAGAAGUACCACCUCAUCGCCAACCAGAAGCUGUCCCGCUCCAAGGUCUCCCGCAGUGCCUACGAGGGCAUGAAGCUGGCCCUGACCCAGAAGAUCAGCCGCAUCGUGCAGUACACCCAGAACAAAGACUCUGUCAGCUCAGAGGGAGGUCCUGGCCGCCGGGGUGGCAAGCACCAGCUCCUUUGCUACAGCCAGAAUGGAGACCGUAAACUACUACCCCAGUCGGACGCCCAGGUGCCUCGCUACACCCCACGCUGGAACCAGGAGACGGGGGCAGGAGGGCUGCCGGACUACGCCAUGGGCAUGCUGGAGUGCCACUCGGCCGAGGAGCUGGGGCUACUGGAGGACGAGCAUGGCCUCGGGGCCCUGUGGGGGGCCACGGUGAGGAGGGGCCUUCAUCACCACAGCCAGUCUUCUGGAGGAGACCACCAGACACUGCACUCAAACAAUGGUCACAGCAGAGACGAGUUGAUUAAAAUGAGUGUUGACGAGCUCCACCAGCUGAACGGGCAGCUGCUGCUACAGAUUCAAAAGGUGUUUGAGGAGCUCACGGUGGCUUUACAGGAGAAAGACUCACUGGCGUCGGAACUGCAUGUUCGCCAUAUCGCCAUUGAGCAGCUCUUCAAGAACUGUGACAAGCUGCCCUGGCUGCAGAUCAGCCGGGCCGGGUCCGGGGUCAAGGCCAGCAGCAACACCCCCGUGGAGUGAGGGGAGUCUGGGGGUACCUACCUGGCUGGUGACUGCCUCUCUCAGGGGGCUGGCUGUCUCACUCCCAGGGCUACAGACAGACAGGAUGGCCACUGUGGCCCGUGCCUUUUGUAUUGUGAAAGACUUGUUGCGUGGUUUGGUUUGUCCCAGAGGAGUGAGGAAUGGACAUGGCCUCCUCUCAUCUGGCGCUCCAAGGCUUUCUGACUGCAGCACUUGAAGAAGGGGCUUAGAGAAAGGCAAUAAAAUUAAAGGAUCUUGGGAUCCACUGACUUCCACUGGGAACUGUGGGUUGUUGAGCCUCGCUGUCGGUGGACCUGUUGCCUAUGCAGACAAAGUAUUUUUUAAAGAAUACCUAUUCAGAUGUAUUUGAUACAGAGUGACAUGAGCGAGAUCUUGUUUGCAUACUGGUAAUUGCCAAAGUCAAGGAAACGCUUGAAAUAAAGUAUAUUGAAAGCAGGCAGGGCUCUAAAAUGCGACCAAUUUGGUCGCAUAUGCAAUGAAAUAUUUUGCUGUGCGACCAGGAGUUUUAUUUUGGGAGCACUGUGCGACUAUUAAAAACAUCUCCCAGAUAAUAAUUGUUGUAAUGACAAGGCUUUGCUGUACCGUUGUUUCCGAGUGCCCUAGAGAAACAAGCGUGUGCAGAUUCGUUAGCAUCAUGGUUGCACUAUUACUACAGCGAAAACGGCUUGCUUCUAGCUCAACCAGGUCAAAAGAUCUGAACCAUUUUACCGGCGCAACAUUUUUAUCUUCCUAUAGCGGUUCGCCGGGACCGCAUUUUAGAUUCUAAAACUACUCACGCGUCGACGUUGUUAACCAUUUGUUUACACUUUGUUCAGUCAUGUUACCUCAUUGGCUAGCUAGCUAACAACCUGGUUACCAGCAUAUCCAAACAUUUGGGGGAACAGAAAGAAAGGAAAAGGGGUAGCUUCUUCAGGAGAUCAAUGAUCAUAGCAAUGAACAAAUGACAGAUCUCUUGCAUGUCAUCACAAACCUGACGUUUUUAAAGAGACAGUGUACAAUUUUCUAUGUAAUGCAUCUCAAUAGGAAAAUGCUGCCUAUACACAAUAUGUAGAAACCUAAUAUUCCACAAAUUACUUUAAUUUCAAUGACAGGUAUUCGUAUCAACAUUUUGGCUUUUAUAAUAAACAAAUGUAUUUACAGUGUUACAUAUUAGUUUCUAGGGCACAAGGUGCUUCAAAAGUAGCUAGAAUUCAUAGGCUGCAUUUACACAGGCAGCCCAAUUCUGAUAUUCUUUUCACUAAUUGGU